AUGGAGAGAGAGGAAAAGAAAAAGCAACAAGAGGAAGAAGAAUUGUUGGUAGUAAAGUUGAAACAAGGUGUUUUGGUAGGGAAAAGAGGGGGUACUUGUACUACUCCAUCACCUACAUGGAAAAUUGGUUUGGCACAAUCUGAUGGUUCUCUGCUUCAAGAUUUCCCCUUUUCUUCCAAUUCUGCUUCACUAUCUGUCAGAAAACUUGGUGCAAAUCUCUGGGAAUUUCAACCACAAGUGAAAAAGGUUGUCAACAUGAGCAAGAUUGGUCCUCUACCUCAAAAUCACAAAGACAAAUCUAAGCUUCAUAAACAAACAGCUGCCCCACCUGAUAGCCCACCACAGCAGCCAACAAGCACUUGUAGUUUAGGGAGGGAUAUUGCUGCAUCACUUAGACAACAUCAUCAUCAUUUAAUUGCGAAGAAUGGGGACGCUCAAUCGCUUGAAUCACCUGCAAGUUAUUGUAGCUCAAUGGAGAUGGCUCCUUUUAGACCUGUUGAGACUCCCACCAGCUCAAAGGACCUUAAAGGUAGAAGUGGAAAGUCAAGCUACAGCCUGAAAACAUCAGCAGAGUUACUUAAGAUACUUAAUAGGAUUUGGAGCCUUGAAGAGCAACAAGCAUCAAACAUGUCAUUGGUGAAAGCAUUGAGAAAAGAAGUUGAUCACUCCCAAAGACGUGUUAAGGAACUACAAGAAGAAAAGAAAAGAGACAGAGAAGAAAUAAAUGACUUGGUGAUGCUAAUUGAUGAGUACAGAAUAGGAAGAAAGAACAAGUAUAACAGACCCGAGGAGGCAGUCAAGACAUUGACGGAUGAGCUACGAGAUGAAAGAAAGUUGAGGAAACACUCAGAGAAUCUUCACCGUAAGCUUGCUCGAGAUCUUGCUGAAGUGAAAUCAUCUUUCUCUACUGCAUUAAAAGAACUUGAAAGAGAACGCGAGGCACGGAGUAUGCUAGAAGAAUUAUGUGAUGAGUUUGCCUACGGAAUUAAGGAGUACGAAGAAGAAGUUCGAUUCUUGAAAAGCAAAGUGAGAAAGGAUCAAAUAUUGACUGAAGAGAAGGAUGGAUUGAUUAUUCAUAUUUCUGAAGCCUGGUUAGAUGAAAGAAUGCAAAUGAAGCAAUCCCAAAGACGUCAUGAUCCUGCAGAAAAGAAAACAAUUGUAGACAAGUUGAGGUCCGAAAUACAAACCUUCCUUAAAGCUAGACAAUCUAGUGAUUACGGGAAUAAUGUCUUAAACCUGAAAAGAGCAAAGGAGAGUAGUUUAUGCCGGCAUUCUUUGGAAUCCUUUCACUUGAACAAUCCUGCAAGUGCCCCCAGAGUAGAGAAGGAAGAUGACGAUUCAUUUGACAACGUUAUACGUGCUUCUGAAUCUAAUAGAGGUUUAAGUGGAAAGCAUGAUGGCAUCAAUCAACAUGAGGAAUUUACUCCAAACAUCCAUGUCGAAAAAAUGAAAGAAUCUAAUCCAGCACAGACAAAGAUUGGAACUCAACUUUCGAAGGACCCUGACGUGACUAGCUCAAGAAUCCAACCCGAAGAGAAAAUUUUCGAGGCAAUGGUGAUUGAAGAGACUACUGUUGAAGGUAAUGAUUCAUGUGUGCUUAAGAAACGUGUCACGAAACAAAGAAAAUUCCAGAAGAAAAAGAAUAGCUUAAUGAGAAGCUUCUCUUUGCUGAAUAACUUGCUUAAAGAUCACUCAUUGCCUUAUGAAGCUAAGACACUUCCAAAUGACGAUAAACACAUGGAACAGUCUUUCGAUCCAACAACAUUUACUGGUCCUGCCAGUCCAGUGCAGAAGUGGACAUCAAAAGUAACAGCCCCGGAUCGUGAGGUGAUUGAAUCUUCUUCAAAAUUACCACUAGGUGUAAAAGAGAAUACACUCAAGGCAAAGCUGCUAGAAGCCAGACUCGAAAACCAGCAGUUGCAGCCAAGAGCUAUCAAAGGUUUGUCUGAGGUUUCUUGAACUUUAAAAUGUCAAAGGGUGUUGAUACUUUAUCAUGAGUUGCUAAGGCUGGCUUUGUGACUCCAAAAUUUUGGUACAUGAGAAAUGAGAACUGUCUCUUUUUUGUAGUUUCAGACUUUUAUCUGUAAAUGAGAGAUGUGUACUGGUUAUUAA